AAGGCACACAAAAAGAUGCCGGCCUUCCGUGGACGCCGAGGCUGGUGUGGCUGUUUGCAGGAUGACGAACCACCCGAAAUCUGUGUGGUCGAAGGAGUGUUUUCCCUGCAGACACUCACACCCACCCAGCCCAUGCCAGCAAUCGACGAGCUCGACAGCAAGUUUGCCGAGCUGGUCGAAGAGCUGGAUCUUACCGCGCCGAACAAAGCGGCCAUGAUGAGCCUUCCGCCACAGAAAAAGUGGCAAAUCUACUGCUCACGCAAAAGUCCCCUGGACAGCGGACCGAACGGUACACCACUCCAGACAGUUCCUCCCUCGCCCGAACAUUACAUCGAACGGUUAAAGGAUAUGGCAGUACAGCUGAAAGCUUGCGCACCGGACGAAUCACCUACGCACGAAUACGGACCCAAGAUCGAAUCGCAGACGGCGUUGUUCGAUGCGCUCAAGACAGCACUCCGCACAUCGGCACACAGUUUCGUGAUCCGGUUUAUCGAACUGCAAGGACUGCCAGCAUUGCUGGAGCUGCUGCAGGUUCUCGAUAUACGGGUAGCGAACAGCCCAUUGCAUACCAGCCUGAUCGGAUGCAUUAAGGCACUGAUGAACAACUCAACCGGACGUUCGCAUGUGCUCGCCCAUCCGACCGGUAUCGAUACGAUAGCACGUUCGCUGGCGGCUGACAACAUUAAGACCAAGAUUGCCGCACUCGAAAUACUCGGUGCGGUUUGUUUGGUGCCCGGUGGGCAUAAGAAGGUGCUGACUGCGAUGCUUAAUUAUCAGGAGUACGCAGCAGAACGUGCCCGGUUCCAGGGCAUCGUCAACGAUCUCGACCGCUCGACCGGUGCGUACCGGGAUGACGUCAAUCUCAAGACGGCCAUCAUGUCGUUCAUCAAUGCCGUGCUGAACUACGGCCCAGGGCAGGAGAACCUCGAGUUUCGGUUGCACCUGCGAUACGAGUUCCUGAUGCUCGGAAUCCAGCCCGUCAUCGAUAAGCUGCGCAAGCACGAAAAUGAUACCCUCAACCGCCAUCUUGACUUUUUCGAGAUGGUUCGCAACGAGGACGAAAAGGAACUGGCCCGCAAGUUCGAUCACGAGCAUGUGGACACCAAGAGCGCAUCGGCUAUGUUUGAUCUGAUUCGCCGUAAACUAAGUCAUUCGCCGGCCUAUCCGCACCUGCUGUCACUGUUGCAGCACAUGCUGCUGCUUCCACCACCUACCACCGGUCCGAACGCACAGCACUGGUUGCUGUUCGAUCGGGUGGUGCAGCAGUUGGUCCUACAGCACGAAGAACGCCCCGCCAGUGACUGUCUCGAUCCGGAUGCGCCCGGUGUUGACAAGCGUUCCGAAACCGGAUCGGUUGCGUCCUCCUCGCUAAAACUGCAGGACCCGGACGUAACACCGCUCUCGAUCGAUGUGCGCAAGAUCGUGAAGUUACUGGUAAAAGAGGAAGAACUGGUGGCAUCCCGAACUCGAGCCGAAGAUCUGGAGCGUGAAAACUCCGAAAUAGCGGCCCGACUAGCCAAGAAGGAACAGGAUCUCGACCAUCGGACGCAGGAAAAGGAAGAUCUGGAGACAUCUUUGGCACGUAUGCGAGAACGGUUGGAAAAGGAAAGUUCCAAUCACUCACAAGCAGUACAGCGGGCACUCAAUGCGGAGAUGCGUGCCGAAGAUCUGCAGCAUCGGUUCGUGAGCGAGCAACAGGAACGGCUACGCCUGGAGCGUCUCGUCACGGAGGGUAGCAUCCCUGACGAUCAGAAGGUUGCCGGAUUGCAGGGUGCCAACUGUAAUGGGCAGGCAACCUCACCGCCACCACCACCUCCAGCACCCUGCAAACUUCCACCACCUCCACCACCACCAAUGAUGAUGCCAGCCGCUCCGCCACCACCACCAGCACCGGGUGGUAUGCCCAAGCUGGCACCGGCUGGUCCACAGGCACCGGCGGCACCGAAAGCACCAGAAGCACCGAAGAAGAACGUUCCCCAACCGGCCAAUCCGCUCAAAAGUUUCAACUGGUCAAAGCUGCCCGACAGCAAGCUGACGGGUACGGUGUGGAGUGAACUGGACGAUACCAAGUGGUACAACAGCAUCGAGCUCGAGUCGAUCGAUAAGCUGUUCUCCGCCUACCAAAAGAACGGUGUUGCGAAUGAUGGUUCGAUCGAAGAUCUUCGUUUGAUUGGUAAGAAUAAGGCCAAAAUUUUGUCCGUGAUUGAUGGUCGCAGAGCACAAAACUGCACCAUUCUGCUCAGCAAACUCAAAAUGACUGAUGAGGAGAUCUCCAAAGCUAUCUUGUCGAUGGACUCCAAUGAGCAGUUGCCGAUCGACAUGGUUGAACAACUACUCAAGUUCACACCUUCGGCCGAAGAGCGGGCACUUUUGGACGAGCAUUCGGAAGACAUUGACUCACUAGCACGUGCCGAUCGGUUUCUUUACGAAAUCUCAAAGAUACCUCACUAUGAGCAGCGGUUACGUAGUCUACACUACAAGAAGCGUUUCCAGGUCACCGUGAACGAUCUAGCGCCGAGGAUCGCCAGCGUGAUGGAGGCAUCGCGCGAAGUUGCUCGCUCUCGCAAGCUUCGAAAGCUGCUCGAACUAGUCCUAGCGCUCGGUAACUACAUGAACCGUGGAGCUCGCGGCAAUGCGUCAGGUUUCCGACUAGCGUCACUGAACCGGCUGGCGGAUACAAAGUCGAGUGCUGCCAAGGGCACCACGUUGCUUCACUACCUGGUGCAGAUCAUCGAGAAGAAGUUUAAGGACAUUCUGACGCUCGAGGAAGAUCUGCCACACGUGAAGGAAGCCUCAAAGGUGUCGCUCGGUGAGAUGGACAAAGACAUUACGAUGCUUCGUGCCGGACUGGCGGAGGUGAACCGUGAGAUCGAGUUCCAUCGGAGCAGCGGUGCAUCACAGCCUGGUGAUCGGUUCCUGCCGGUAAUGAGAGAAUUUCACGCCCAGGCGUCGGUGCGGUUUGCCGAGCUGGAGGACCAAUUUCAGGACAUGAAAACGAGGUUUGACCGUGCCGUUCGACUAUUCGGCGAGGAUGGCUCAGUCGUGCAGCCGGAAGAAUUCUUCGGCAUCUUCGAUGGUUUCCUGUCCGCACUUAUGGAGGCUAAGCAGGAUAAUGAGAACUUCCGGCGGCGUCAGGAAGAGGAAGAAAAGCGUGCCAAGCAGGAGGCUGAGCUAAAGAAACGCACCAUUGAGCGUAAAACAAAGGAAGGGCUCCUGAAUUCGGUGGCCGGUAAGUUGGGCCUCAAGCCGAAACAUACGAACGGUACCAAUGGGGGUCCAGUAACGGCAGCCGACGCCAACAACAAGGGUGAGUUCGAUGACCUCAUUUCGGCACUCCGGACGGGUGACGUGUUCGGGGAGGAUAUGGCCAAAUUUAAGCGCUCGCGCAAAACACGCCUCGGACCGAACGGGACCAACAAUACGUCGCCACCGCGCAGUCGGAACAGCGUUGGACGCGAGGACAGCCGUGAACGGACCGGUGUACCUAACCGGCGACAGUAG